CCUGGACUCGAACCGACGACUUCCAGGCUAUAGGGCGCAUCCUGCACUCCACACGGAGCACCUUCACUGGACGCUCCAUUCGGGAGUCACCGUAUGUCCCAUUUUUAAAAGCAGCCUUCUGUGCCCCUCUUGUUAACGUAAAGGACCAGCAGUUUGAAUAUUAGUGUUGCAGGUAUUUAGUGCUGAGCAGUAUGCACACAGUAUAUACACAGCAUGCACACCUCCUCCUUGGGAACUGUCAUUCCAUAUCAUUAAAAGUGAACGCUACUUCUGAUCAGACAGGAGCCGUUGCCAAACCUUCUGUUAACCAUCUGCAGAUGUGAUUGUUUUCCGAGCAGAUUGCUGAAACAAAGAAAGAGGCUGGGUCUGUAAGCAUGGGUGAACCGGAGCAGAGACUGACAGCUGGGUUGCGGCUGGGAGCGCAGGAAAGCGUGGGGAUCAGUACUUUGGAACCUGGUCAGAGGCCUCCCGUAAUGCCCCCGGGCAGACCGAUCCCCAUCAAGGUCCGCAUGCUGGAUGAUACAGAGGAAGUGUUCGAUGUAUCUCAAAGGGCCCCAGGGAAGAUCCUCUUUGAUCUGGUCUGUACACAUCUGAAUCUCAUCGAGGGGGAUUACUUUGGACUAGAAUACCAGGACCACCGCAAAAUGACAGUGUGGCUGGACCUCCUAAAACCCAUUAUGAAACAAUUAAGAAGACCCAAGCAUACGGUGUUGAGAUUUGUGGUGAAGUUCUUUCCUCCCGAUCACACACAGCUGCUGGAAGAGUUAACAAGGUACCUCUUUGCCUUGCAGGUAAAACAGGAUCUUGCAUCCAGCCGACUCACUUGUAACGACAGCAGUGCCGCACUCCUCGUCUCCCAUAUUGUUCAAUCCGAGAUUGGAGAUUUUGACGAAGCCCAAAGCCGACAGCACCUCCGGGAGAACAAGUACAUUCCUGACCAGGAAGCCCUAGAGGACAAGAUUGCUGAGUUUCAUGGCAAACACGUGGGUCAGACGCCGGCCGAGUCGGACUAUCAGCUCUUGGAGGUGGCGCGGAGGCUGGAGAUGUAUGGGAUCCGGCUCCAUCCUGCCAAGGACAGGGAAGGCACGAAGAUCAACCUGGCUGUGGCACACACUGGGAUCCUAGUGCUCCAGGGCCACACCAAAAUAAACGCUUUUAACUGGUCAAAAGUACGGAAGCUGAGCUUCAAGAGAAAGCGUUUUCUCAUCAAACUGCGCCCAGACAUCAAUCAGAGCUCUUUCCAGGACACUCUGGAGUUUCUGAUGGCCAGCCGAAAUUGCUGCAAGGUGCUGUGGAAGAUCUGUGUGGAGUACCACGCUUUCUUCAGACUCUUUGAGGAGCCGAAACCAAAGCCCAAGCCAGUCCUCUUCACCAGGGGCUCCUCUUUUAGAUUUAGUGGCCGGACUCAGAAACAGGUGCUUGAUUACGUCAGAGACUCGGAGUUCAAGAAAAUCCCCUUUGAAAGGAAACACAGCAAGAUCCGGUCUAACGUGAGCCUGUCUCCAAAGCCUACAGAGCGCCGAUCAGAAGUGCCAAAGCAAAGCGCGAGCUACACCUUCGGUGACAAGCCUGACUCCCCGACCAAGCCAUCGCGUCAGGUGAAGGAGGCACCAGUGGAAGACGCAGCUGGGCAGCAGCGCCAGAGCCCUUCAUUGAAGAAGAGCCCCCAGGAGGACAGGAAGCAGGAGUGUGAAGCGGAGGACGUGGAUGGAGGCAUCCGGGGGAAAGCGCAGAGCAAGCAGCAAGCGGAGCACCCAAGCACAGGCUCUGUGGCCAGUAGCCCGCGUUUAUCAGAGACGUCCGUCAAUUCGCACGUAGGUUUGACAGCCCAGAGGUCUAUUCUGUCGCCCUGCUUGAGUCCUGACGGCAGACAGCCCUCUCCCCUUGCCAGCCCACUGCUGAACGAUGCUGGCUGUGUCCGAACUGACGAUGAGGAUGAGGGCAGGAGGAAGAGAUUCCCCACAGAUAAAGCCUAUUUUAUUGCCAAGGAAGUGUUGACUACAGAGCGAACAUACUUAAAGGACCUUGAGGUCAUCACAGUGUCCUUUCAGAAUGCUGUGAGCAAGGAUGAAGCGAUGCCUGACUCGCUCAGAAACCUCAUCUUCUCCAACUUCAAUCCCCUCUAUACUUUUCACUCUGGUUUCCUAAAAGAAAUUGAACAAAGGCUUGCACUCUGGGAAGGCCGCUCCAACGCUCACAUUAAGGGAGAUUAUCAGAGGAUUGGGGAUGUUAUGCUGAAAAACAUACAGGGUAUGAAGCAACUUACAGCACUCCUGCAGAGUCACUCCGAGGUGCUGGUGCAGCUGGAACAGACGGCGAGGUCCUCGCGGAGGCAGGAGAUCCUGUGCAGGGACUUUGAGCUCCAGAAGGUCUGCUACCUCCCCCUCAACGUCUUCUUCCUCAGGCCACUCCACCGCCUCAUGCACUACAAGCAGAUCCUGGAGCGGCUCUGCAAGCACUACCCUCCCAAUCACGCUGACUUCAGGGACUCCAGAGCUGCUCUGGCUGAAAUCUCCGAGAUGGCAGCUCAGCUGCACGGCACCAUGAUAAAGAUGGAGAAUUUCCAGAAGUUGCUGGAACUGAAGAAGGACUUGAUAGGCAUUGAUAACCUAGUCAUUCCAGGGCGGGAGUUCAUCAGACUGGGCUGUCUUAGCAAGCUCUCUGGAAAAGGCCUGCAGCAGCGAAUGUUUUUCUUGUUCAGUGAUGUCUUGUUGUACACAAGCAGAGGAAUGACUGCGUCCAAUCAGUUUAAGGUCCAUGGGCAACUCCAACUCUAUGGCAUGACGAUCACAGAAAGUGAAGAUGAGUGGGGAGUGCCUCACAGUUUCACUCUUUCUGGGCCACGUCAGACUGUGGUGGUAGCAGCAAGCACGGCUGCAGAAAUGGAUAAAUGGAUAGACGAUAUUAAGAUGGCCAUUGACCUUGCUGAGAAAUGCAAUGGACCGACCCCUGAAUUGCUGGCCAGCAGCCCUCCAGAAAGCAAAUCUCCAGAGGACUCGACUGUAGACCAGGAAUCUGAGGAUGAUCUCAGUUCUUCCCGAACCUCCCUUGAGAGACAGUCCCCUCAUCGUGGUAACACCACGGUGCAUGUCUGCUGGCACAGAAACACCAGCGUUUCAAUGAUCGACUUUAGCAUUGCCGUGGAGAAUCAGCUGUCGGGUAACUUGCUGAGAAAGUUCAAAAACAGCAGUGGCUGGCAGAAGCUGUGGGUGGUCUUCACAAACUUCAGCCUGUUUUUCUACAAAUCACAUCAGGAUGAUUUUCCCCUGGCCAGCCUGCCAUUGCUGGGGUAUUCUGUUACUAUUCCUUCCGAGUCGGAAAACAUUCACAAAGAUUACGUCUUCAAACUGCAUUUCAAAUCCCACGUGUACUACUUCAGAUCAGAGAGUGAAUACACUUUCGAAAGGUGGAUGGAAGUUAUCCGAAGUGCCACAAGUUCGUCCUGUCGCACCCGGAUUUUAAGCAGCAAAGAUUCUCAUCCAUACUGAUCCGUGGAUAUUCCUCACAGGACUGCAAACUCAGAGGUCUAGGAAGCUCUAAUACCAGCUGGCUCCUCUCCUCUUCAGUUUCAGUUACACUCGCUCACAUCUCUAAAUCUAUGCUGAAGUGCAUUAUUCCUGUUGUGUUUCGAAGAGCACUGUUUAUACCACACACAGUGUAACCGCACAAUCUUUAUACUACAAGGGUACCUGUGAGCUUAAAAAAAUAAAAUUAAUCAAAGCUUGCAAACUGACAAUGCUAGGGUUUUGAACCAAUUUCUACAAAUGCUCAGAUGUGUGUGAAGUAUUUGAUGACAGUAUGGUUGUUUUGCUGUUUGUGCUUGGAAAUAUACUGACCUAUUGAAAGGUUCGUUUUUUGAGAAAAACAAAGACUACAUCGCAAUUGGAUUUUAUUUUAGUGCAGGUCAUGUCGCGUAACACUACCAGUUUCUUCUGUACUCUACAUAGCUUUGUUUGUAAAUAUAUAUAAAAAAAAAAAAAAAGGCUGACGCAGAUUUUCAGGAUUCACAUUGAGUGCCAAACUGUUUUUAUACACCUCAUCGCCAAUGAAUGAUCCGUCAGCCUUUUCCAAACAAGAACAGCACUGAUUUUAAUACGAUCUUGUGUCAGUGAUAACAUUUUAAUGUUUUAUUUUUAGGAAAAAAAUCUAAAGAAAUAGGCACCUGUAUUUUUAAAUGUGGUUUAAACUCCAACAAGUGCUUAUGACUUGGUCAUACUCACCAUUAUAUAUAUAUAUAUAUAUA